GAAUAUCACUUGUUAGGACAUAUCUAUUUGUAUAUAUACACAUUUUGAGAUAUAUAGACAAUAUGCAUGAUCUCUUUACCCCUUUAAUUUCCCUACUUCAGUAAUUUCUUCUCGUCGUCAUCAUCAAGGGACUGAGUUCAACACCUUUGAAAAACCCUAAUAAAUACGAUGAAAAUCACACAAAACGUCAAGAUCUUACUCUUCUUCUUAUUCGUCUCCCUCCUCGUCAUCACCGUAUCCGCCGGCGAGUGUAAAUGCGAGUGUUCGCACGAAGAAGACGAAGAAAACAAUGCCGGAGCUAAGAAAUACAAGAUCGCCGCCAUACCUUCCGUUCUCGCCGCUGGAGUUAUGGGCGUUCUCUUUCCGUUAUUAGGAAACUUCUUUCCGUCGUUAAGACCGGAGACGAAUUUCUUCUUCGUGACGAAAGCCUUCGCCGCCGGCGUAAUCCUCGCGACGGGGUUUAUGCACGUGUUGCCUGAAGGUUACGAGAAGCUGACGUCACCUUGUCUGAAAGGAAAAGCUUGGGAGUUUCCGUUCACUGGGUUUAUAGCUAUGGUCGCAGCGAUUCUGACGCUCUCCGUUGACUCUUUUGCCACGUCAUAUUUUCAGAGAUCGCAUUUCAAGACGUCUAAGAGAAUCGGUGACGGUGAAGAACAGAGCGGUGGCGGUGGAGACGAACUCGGGUUGCACGUGCAUGCUCAUGGUCACACGCACGGGAUUGUAGCCGUCGAAUCCGAGGUUCAGCUUCACCGGACCCGAGUUGUGGCCCAGGUGUUGGAGGUGGGAAUAAUAGUACACUCAGUGGUAAUAGGAAUAUCACUGGGAGCGUCACAAAAUCCAGACACUGCCAAAGCUCUCUUUGCUGCUUUAAUGUUUCAUCAAUGCUUCGAAGGUCUUGGCCUUGGUGGUUGCAUCGCUCAGGGAAAUUUCAACUGUAUGUCAAUUACAAUAAUGUCAAUCUUCUUCUCCAUAACAACACCGAUCGGAAUAGCGGUGGGAAUGGGAAUUGCAACCUCAUAUGAUGAGUCGAGCCCGACGGCUUUGAUAGUGCAAGGAGUCCUUAACGCUGCAUCUGCAGGCAUCCUCAUCUACAUGUCUCUAGUAGACUUUCUUGCAGCGGAUUUUAUGCACCCCAAGAUGCAAUCUAACACUAGCCUUCAAAUCAUGGCACAUAUCUCUCUUCUUGCCGGUGCCGGUAUUAUGUCACUCUUAGCUAAAUGGGCUUAAAAUUGGCCUACCAUUACACUUAUAGUUUUGUUAAUACGUACGACCGAGAUGUUUCCUAAUAAAUAAUAUUGAUUUAGAAUUUUUUACUUUGUAAACAAGAUUCCAGUUUUAGUUACAAUUUAUCGUUAAGAUAAUGUUAUAAAGUGUAUUAUAACAUAUAUAUUUUUUUUAAUAUGUACAAAAAAAUUU